AUGUUCCUGUCCCGUCUUUAUUCAAAUGAUUAUCUUUUAAUGUCAGACAAGUAUGUACUAUUAACUACAAGGAAACGAUAAAUCUCGCUGCUUGCGUGUAUAAAUGCUAGCCCUGAAAAUAUACUCACUGAGAACUUGUUAAGCACUCUUUCAUGUCUGUGUCUUAAUUUGCUAAUCAAGAACUCCCAUCAAUUGAUGUGGUGACCGGAGAAUCGAGAAACGAAGGGAGUUGAGUCCAGAACAGCAUUAACCCUUUCAGCCGGGAGCCGGAAUAUGACGCCAGCGCCGCCUGACCGACCGCAAGGCUAACAAGACAUUUGCCCUGGGCAUUUGGGGGCAUCUUUUUUAUUGCCGCCCCCUGGAAAAUGCCGCCAAAGGCAAAUGCCUUGUUUGCCUUGUGGCUAAAACGUCCCUGGUCUGUCUGUCUAUCUGCCUGUCUAUCUACCUAUCUGUAUCUGUCUGUCGAUCCAUUAUUAUUACUUUUAUUAUUAGUAUUGGUAUUUAUAUCGCACCAACAAUAUUAUGGAAGGGGGAAAUGUAACAAUAAAAAGGAUAAUUACAAAAUGAUAGAGGAGCAUCUAUCUGUCUCUUUUAAAAUUUAUACCACCAUUUUAUAGCUAUAAAAAAUGUUUGUUUUUCGAAAUAAUCAUUGAGGAGAAAAAAAAAAAAGAUAAAAAAAAGAUGAUAUCUCUUCCACAUAUAAAUGUGCAGUUAUAUAGAAUGGGAGUUAUUCACAGUAUUAAUCAGCAGGUGGCGCUAGCAGCACUCAUUUGACGGAUCGCUUUGCAGCAGUGUGGCAAGCGUUACUCUUGCUUCACAACAGAAGCUGACAUCUGUCGGCUCGCUUUGCGGCAGUGUGGCGGAUAUGGCUUCUCAUUUCAGUGGAGUGCUGCAGCUGACUGAUCUGGAUGAUUUUAUAGGACCCUCGCAGGUCAGUGAGUCCUGUGGAUUGGUGGGAAAGGGGCAAUAAGCAGUCCUGUUACUCAGAGGGUAAACUGGAAGGGGUUUAGGCUGGGCUGCCUGCAAUCACAUGGCUCUCUGACAUCAUUACAAGAAAACAUGCUGUACAUUUAAACCUCAACAUCCCUUUAAUGUCAUUCCCAAGGUUAAUUAUACAUGGACAAUUAUUUAAAGGGCUCAGAGUGACCACUUCAUUAGCUAAUCUGUAAUAAAUGUAGUAAAACUGUUUGCAGGCACAUGUAUUCUUAUACAUCUCAAAUGGGGUGUUCUAUCAAAUUUUGUAUCCCUGGGUUUGUGUUUUGGCAAACUUUCUCUUUUGCUGUUUUUUGUUUUUGUUUUGUGGUUGUUGUUGUUUUUCUACAUACAAGUCAACUGAUAUAGAUAAGUAGUUGCAGAAAAAAAUUCAAUACUUUUUUUUUUUUAUCAGAAUGUACUUUAUCACAAAAAAUGUAAAAACAAUAGUUAACAGUAAAAAAAAAAAAACCAUAACCUAAAGUGAUUUGCACAUUAUUUAUACUCGCAGUUGUAUGUCCAGUACUUGACACCACAACAUUUUACAAAGUUACAAAAAAGAAAAACUGAGCAAAAUGUCCCACAAAGCAAAGUUCUAAUAUCAUCUAUUAGUAAGUUAUCCGUGUAUACACCAGAUUAUAAUAAAAUACUCUCUAAAUAGGCGACAACAAAACAAAAAAGAAAAUUGUAAAAUGGAAACAGCCUCUACGUUUAAAAUUUUUUUUAAAAAAAAUUGUUAUUUAAUGAUUUAGCAAAUUUGCCUCGUCAAGGAAGAUUUUAUCCUAUACCCACAGCCAUGUCCACGUUCCCCUGCAGCACUGGGAGCUGAGUGUGUCUAGUGAAUGAUAAGGCUGUGUAAGUUAAAGAGAGUCUGUCCAUGCUCAUAAAGUGAUUGUGUGUGAAUUGCAAGUAAUUCAAAGGAAAUGGCAAAUUUUAUGCCAAAAUAGCUGAAUCUCAAUUUUUUUUCCAAGGCAGCGAUGCAUUCAUUUUGUCUGUAUUGCUCUAAAAUGUAAAAUUCACUGUGAAAUCAUGUUGAAUUCCUGGCAAAUCACAUUUUAGUGAAUAUUCCUGCUAAUUGUGAAUUUAUCAACGUUUAUUCCUAUAUUUUUACUCCGAUAAAGGUAUGUAAGCCCAACUUAUGGAAGGUCGACUGUAAGCAAUCUUACAAAAUCUAUUCAUACAAAAAGGAAGGUCAAGGAGUGAGCACACACCUAUCACCAACCAAUAGAGUGGCACGCUUAAAAUAUAACACAAUAACUGUGUGCAGUAAGCAAUAUAAAUUGUCCCGUCUCUAAUAUAUUUGUAUCCUUCCUGUUUUGUGGACGGUAGGACUGUAUCAAGCCGAUUAAGGUAGAGAAGAAGGCUGGGAGGUCUGCUGCUAAGAUCCAGAUUGAAGAUGAUGGAAGCUAUUAUCAGAUCAAUCAGGUGAGCUUGUUGCAAUGGUUAAAUGGUGUAUUGACAGGUCAGACAGUGUGAAUUCAAGCCAGUCUGCCUUUCAAUCCCACAGGCCAGCCUGCUGAGGACAGACCUGCUUCAGUGUUCUCAGCAGUACCAUAGUGCCUUUAGCUUAGCACUAGUACAUGAUACACUCAUCCUAUGCUUUUUGUAAACCAUUCUUUGAUGUCCUCAAAAUUGGACAGUGGGACAGGAUCCAAAAAUCAGGAUGCUUGGGAGGCAUGCAUAAGUGGUGCUUUGCGGGCACAGGAGUGGAUUCUGGGAAUUUUAGUUCAGUUGCUAAUGUUCCACUGUAAAACGUUAAUAGCUGAACUACAACACCCAGACAUUGUGAUUCUUAUAGUAAAAACAACAAAAAACACUGCAGGUUGGGAGGGAGGUCCCGAAAGUGUGGCUGUAUGGAAAAAAACUUAUCGAUAUAUAUUUUUUUUUAAAGAUAAAUUUAAAAAAUAUCUCGUGGUUACAUAACGUGAGUACAUGGAGGAUCUCCUUAACUACUACGACUUGUCAUUCUUUUAAGGUUCAGGACUGAAUUACAGUGUUUGUAUUCAGUGGGCCUGUUGUGGGGUAACUGACUUUAGUUUGUUCACAGGAUGGUGCCUCCCAAAAGCUGGAAAAAGCAAAGAUUACUCUCAAUGACUGCCUGGCGUGCAGUGGCUGCGUGACAUCAGCAGAAACGAUUUUAAUCUCCCAGCAGAGCCACGAGGAGCUCUACAAGAUACUGAAACUGAACAAAGUAAAUAUUGGUGCUGUUCUUUCAUAUAGUGCCAUCUGUGUGCCCCUCAGUUACACGAAAACCAAUAUCGAGGUGUAACAGGGCAGUAAGGUCGAACUAAAUAUUGGCUGAAAUAGAAUAUAUCUCCACUAUUUUCUGCUGUCUGCUUUCUUUUGUUUGGUCUAAAUUUUGCCAUUUUUAUUUGGAAAUGUAUUUACAAAUUUAAUUAUGGGCCCUGGAUUUGCUUUUUUUAUUUUUUUAUUUUUUUUAUUUUUUUUUUGCCUGCUCAUCCAGUGGAUCCAUGAAGUCAAUGAAUUGGUUAGACUGAUCUUAAGAUCUAUUGCUGUGUAUUAAAGGGACAGUCUGCACAUCUACAGCAGUUUAGCUUGCUGAAAAGAUUUAUGAGUGAAGAGUGUGUCCUCCUUUUUCAUAUUACAAAAAGUGCAGAUUUUAACCCCUUAAGGACGGAGCCAAAUGUACACGUUGUGAACAAAACAAAAUGUAAACAAAACCUGGCAUUUGCGCUACAUGUCUGUCCAACCGUAAUACACCUCUUUCAUAGUAAAUACACCCACCCUUAUUAUAUAUCAUUUUAUUCAGGGGAAACAGGGCUUUCAUUUAAUAUCAAAUAUUUAGCUAUGAAACAUAAUUUAAUAUGAAAAAAAUGGGAGAAAAUAAGAUUAUUUUUUUUUAGUUCUACAUGACAUUUUAACUGUCAAUGUCAUAAUACUGUUUGCUUUUACUGCAAUAAAAUACACAUAUUUGUAUUCAGCAAAGUCUCACGUGUAAAACAGUACCCCCUAUGUACAGGUUUUAUGGCGUUUUGGGAAGUUACAGGGUCAAAUAUAGCACGUUACAUUUGAAAUUGAAAUUCGCCAGAUUGGUUACAUUGCCUUUGAGACUGUAUAGUAGCCCGGGAAUGAAAUUUACACCCAUAAUGGCAUACCAUUUGCAAUAGUAGACAACCCAAGGUAUUACAAAUGGGGUAUGUCCAGUCUUUUUUAGUAGCCAUUUGGUCACAAACACUGGCCAAAGUUAGCGUUAGUAUUUGUGUGUGAAAAAUGCAAAAAACGCCAAUUUUGGCCAGUGUUUGUGACUAAGUGGCUACUAAAAAAGACUGGACAUACCCCGUUUACAAUACCUUGGGUUGUCUACUAUUGCAAAUGGUAUGCCAUCAUAGGGGUAAUUUUCAUUCUUGGGCUACCAUAGGGUCUCAAAGGCAACGUAACCAAUCUGGUGAAUUUUAAUGUGAAAAAAAUGAAACAUAAGCCUUAUAUUUGACGCUGUAACUUUUUUCAAAACAGUAAAAAGUAUCGCAGCAAUAAUAUCAUCUGUGUAAGUGCUGUUUGUGCAUGAAAAAUGCAAAAAAAGUCACUUUUACUGGCGAUAUCAUCGUUGUAAUACAUUUUACGGUUUUGAAACACUAAUAUUUGUGUUCAGCAAAGUCUCCUGAGUAGAACAGUACCCUCCAUGUACAGGUUUUAUGGUGUCUUGGAAAGUUAUAGGGUUAAAUAUAGUGCUAGCAAAUUAAAUUCCCUUUACUUUCGGCAUGGGUUGUCAGGCAGGUCCCACUAAUUGUAAUUAAUUAAGAUACCCAAUUAUGUAAAAUAUUACAUAAAUAUAUAUGUAGAAUUAAUAUGUGUGUGUGUGUGUGUGUGUGUAUAUAUAUAUAUAUAUAUAUAUAUAUAUAUAUAUAUAUAUAUAUAUAUAUAUAGUUAUAUAUUUAUGUAUAUAGAUAUAAAUAUUAUUUCAUUCUACGUGUAUUUUGAUAUAUAUAUAUUAUCACAAUACAGUUAGAACGAAAUAACACACAUCUAUAUAUUUAAUAAUUUUUUUAAUUUUAUUUUUUAACGUAUUUACAUUUUUUUUAUAUUAUAUAUAAAUAUAUAACAAUAAUUAUAAUUAUAUUUAUAUUACUAGUAAAAUACACCUAGACUGUGUGUGUGUAUGUAUAUGUGUGAUCUAAGUAUAUAAUUUUUUUAUUUUUUUUUACACUUCUAAUUUUAUUUUAUUUCCAGCCAGCAGGGGGACUAUCUGUCAUUACAGACAGUCCCCCUGCUGGCAAUACAGAAGCCAGCUAACCCGGCCAUGUGAUUGUGAGUUCCUCGCAAGGACCUCACUCUCACAUGCCCAGGGGGGCUUUAGGACGUUGGAUGUGCCGCGGGAGGCUCCCUGGGAGUCCCCCCAACCGCGAUCGCCGGCGUGGGAUCGCCAGCGACCAGGUAAGUAAAAAAAAAAAAACGGAGGGCGUACUACUACGCCGGGCGGCGUUUAGAGCCACUUAAAAUAGGACGUAAUAGUACGCCCUCCGGUCUUAAGGGGUUAAUAGAAUUAUUCAUCUUUGCAAAUUAACCUGGUAACUCCUCCUUGGCUUUCAAUCAGGCAGCUUGUCAUGUUACUUCCUGCUUUGGUUAACUGAGUGGAGCUAAACUCAAGAGGCAGCAAUUGCCCAGAGCACCUACCAUGCAGAGACUUUCAUUGAGCUGCACUGGGAAGUCUGUGAUUGGACAGCCACAAAAGGUCUGGGCGGGGUUAGAAGGGGAGGGCUUGCAAAGGCUGCAGACAAUAGAUCUGCAACGUUUGCAAGUUUUUUUUAGAUAUACCACCAAUGACAAAAAUGCACAAUUAGAUGCGUGCAAGUUUCCAGUCAGGGAAUAUCUAAUAAAUUGUUUUGUUUUUAAACAAAAAAAGGAUAUUUGUUUUCUUCUGUUGGAGUGUUCUUUUAAUCUGCAUGAUUUUCCAAGCAGGAAGAAGAUUCGUCUCAGCAUAAGCUGGUUGUAGUGUCUUUGUCCCCGCAGUCUCGAGCAUCUCUGGCGGCAAAAUUUAACCUCAGCAUCACAGACACAGCCAAAAAACUAACUUCUUUCUUCAAGCAGAUAGGUAAGUCCUGUGUACUGAAUUAAAGGGCCUCCUGAUUUAAAGGGCCUCCUUAACCAUGCCUGCAUAGACAUGUUCAUGCAAGAAAAGUUGCUAGGUAAUGUGCAGACAAGAAAUCCUGUUGUAAAAUGUGAAUAGAACUGAGUGCAGAUGUCACAAGGAUGGAAAACAUAUUUUGACUAUAUGAAUGGUCUUCGUUCAUACUAUAAACACUGAUUGGGUGGCAGUCUGUUUAACGUCUUUUAUCCUGCUGAUUUUAAUGUACUUUAACAUAUAAGUAAAUGUGUGUGAGGGAAGGAAGGGUUGACUGGUGGCAGAGUGAGGGAAGGAGGGGAUGACUGGUGGCAGUGAGGGAGGGGGUGACAUAGUAAGGGAGGGGGAUGCUUAGUGGCAGUGUGUAUUAUGACAUUGACAGUUAAAAUGUCAUGUAGAACUAAAAAAAAAAUCUUAUUUUCUCCCAUUUUUUUCAUAUUAAAUUAUGUUUCAUAGCUAAAUAUAUUUGAUAUUAAAUGAAAUCCCUGAUAUUCAAAUGCUUUCACUCAACACUCUUGAUUUAUGCAAAAGUCCAAUCCAUUUGCUUACCAAUCAAUUAACUCCAUCUAGUGAGGAGUAUAGAUAAUGCAAAGCCGAGUGAAUCGCUUAUGGCAUGCCACCUCACUGCUCCAUGGCCUGCGAUACUCUCUAAAUCCAGUACAAGAGCGCCUUAAUGUAAAGCAUGGCAUGUCUAUGACCCUAAUCCUUAAAGAUUGUGCUUAGAUUACCUAUUUUUGCUGGACACUUUGUAUAUCACUCGAGGUCCAGAAUGGCCACAUUUCUGCUUCCAAUACAGCCAUAUUUCCUGUUCAGCUUCCAUCGUUUCAUUCCUAUUCUGAACGAUGUAAUAUCUGAAGCAGAGGACCUGGCUUUAAUUAUUUGUAAGAUUUGGUACCAAUGCACCAUGAAUCUAAACAAGGGUUUGUUGAUGUCUUUUUCUUGUGUGUGUGAGUUUUAUCUGAUUGUGUCGAUUGCAAAUUGUUCUUUCAGCUGUGUGUUUUAUCUGUUUCUAUUCGCAGGAGUGCACCAUGUGUUUGACACCACUUUUGCGAGGAACUUCAGCCUACUGGAGAGCCAGCAAGAGUUUAUAAAACGCUUCAAAAAACAGAAGGAGGAGAAAACUCUCCCCAUGCUGGCCUCCGCCUGCCCAGGUACACAAAACUAUUGUCGUUUCCUGAGUGAGGUCCUGUCAGUGGACAAUGAUAAACUCAUAAACUCUUGUCUCUCCUCCUCCAGGAUGGAUCUGUUAUGCUGAGAAGACCCAUGGAAGCUUUAUAAUACCGUACAUCAGCAGCGUCAAGUCCCCACAGCAAGUGAUGGGAUCGCUCGUUAAAAAACACUUUGCACAAGAAAUGGUAAAGAGUUCUCAAAGUUAUAGUAAAUUUUAUAUAUAUAAUCUUACUUUAUGUGUAAUAAACACGUUUUUAUUUUAGAUGCAUUUAACUGAAAAAUCUAAAAAAAAGUGCUGGAAUAUAUAUUCCAUAGACUCCUGGUGAUUUAUGUUAUAUGUCAAAUAAUGGAAAAUUUAAGACUGGCUAAUGCAUAUAUCUAUACAGGGCCGGACUGGGAGAAAAAUUCAGCCCGGGCAUUUUUUUUAGCACAGCGGCCCACUAAGAAGGGGGCGGGGCAGAGAGGGUGUGUUUCGUCAUCACCAAAGACAAACACGCCCCCUCUCAAAGUGAGCGUUGGGUCAAUGCUCUUCCAGGGCAGAGCUCUGCUAAAGAGCUCUAGCAUGAGAAGGAAAAAAAAACCUGUAUUUGUUCUGCACAGUGCAAGCAAAUUUAAUAACAUGCUUGCACUGUGUUUCCUUGAAACUUGUCUCUGGUGUCUCUAUAAAUGGAUACCAGGAGACAAAAGGGCAAGAAAAGAGUAUUGUGCAUGUGUUUGGAGCCUGCUUUGGGAUUGUGUGUGUGCAGAGUGAGCUGGUCGUGGUUUGGUAUUGUGUAAUAAGGUUGGUUUUAGUCGUGUUGUGUUUGUGGUGUAAUGCAUAUGUGGCUAGGAGCUGAAGAGAAUGUGUGUAUAGGGGAUGUAGUAAAUGUAUGCACACAGGCUAUAGUGUGUGUGUGUGUAUAUAGGUGAUGUAGUGUUUGUAGGGGUUGUAGAGAGUGUGCGUUUAGGGGUGUAGCAUGUGUUUGUUUACAAGGAAUCUAGUGUGUGUGUAUCAGGGAUCCAAAGUGUGUAUGUUAGGAAUGUAGUGUGUGUAGGUGGUGCAGUGUGUGUGUGUGUGUAUACAGGAGUCUAGUGUGUGUUUGAAGGACCCAGAAUGUGUAUGAGAUCUAGUGAGUGUGUGUAUAUAGGGAUUUAGUGUGUGUAUAUGAUCCAUAGUUGGGUAAGGGAUAUAGUGUGUGUCUGGAAUGUAAUAUGUUUAGCGGUGCAGUAUGUGUGUGAGCGGUGCUGUGGUGUGUGUGUGUGUGUGUGUGUGUGUAUGUGUGUGUGUAUAUAUAUAUAUUUAUAUUUGGAAGUAUUGUGUGUGUGUGUGUUUAGUGCAGUGUGUUGGGGUUCUGCGUGUAUGUGUGAGGGGUGCAGUGGGUGUCUGUGAGGGGUGUAGUGUGUAUGUGAAGGGUGCAGUAUGUGUGUGUGAUGGAUGUUGUGUUUGAGGGGUGCUGUGUGUGAAGAUGCUGUGUAUGUUGUGAUUAAGGGUGCUGUAUGUGGGUGCUGUGUUAAAGGGUGCAGUGUGUGUGAUUUGUGUGUGUGUGUGAUGUGUGUGAAAGUGCUGUGCUGUGUGUGAGUGCUGUGUGUGAAAGUGCUGUGUGUGAUGUGUGUGAGUGUGCUGUGCUGUGUGUGAGUGCUGUGUGAGAGAGUGCUGUGUGCUGUGUGUGAGAGUGCUGUGUGUGAGAGUGCUGUGUGAGAGAGUGCUGUGUGAGAGAGUGCUGUGUGUGAGAGUGCUGUGUGUGCUGCGAGUGCUGUGUGUGCUGCGAGUGCUGUGUGUGAGAGUGCUGUGUGUGAAUGUUAAAAGUGAUUGUGUGUUGGGAGGGUAAAAAAAAACAACAACAAAAAUGCAUUAUAUCUGCCCCCCCCACCCCCCCCCCUUUACCUUUAGCCUGGGAGGGGUCCGGCACGGUGGUAGCUGGGAGGAGGGGGACCGGCACACUCACAUCAUCCCUGGUGGUCCAGUGGUGAGUGAACUCUAGCCUAUAGGCUAGAAUUCAAUCUCGCGAGAGAAACCCGGCGGAGCUGCAAGAUAGAGCUCCGCCGGGUCCUCUCCCUCCCUCCCCAGCCGCAGGUCUGUUUAAAUGGGCCGGUGAGGGAGAUCUUUGAUCUCCCCACCGGCCCUCCAUGGCAAACAGCGGGGCCGGCGAUAGGAGAGUGCCGGCCCUGCAUAGACCGGCAGGGGAGAUCCUGGGACCUCCCCUGCCGGCCUCGGCCACCGCGGCCCACCGGGCAUUUGCCCGGUGUGCCCGAUGGCCAGUCCGGGCCUGUAUCUAUAUAAUGCAUUAUAACAUUGUGAAUAAGCCCGAGCUUGUAAGGUCCUAUUAAUGGGUUUCUCCAACCACCAUGACCACUUCUGCUUUUUGACCACCAUGACCACUUCUCCAGCAUUAAAUACCAGUUUUUGUACUAUGUCUGAUCCCUUUUCAUUUUGCUAAAUUCAGAAUUUAAAACCGAACCAGAUCUACCAUGUGACAGUGAUGCCUUGUUACGACAAGAAGCUGGAGGCUUCAAGACCAGAUUUUUAUGAUUCGGAAUACGAGACACGGGAUGUUGAUUGCGUCAUCACAACUGGUGAAUGUUUCCUCAGUAAUUUACAUGUUAAUGUUUAGAAGAAUUUCAUUGUAUAUAAUUUAGUAAAUCCUGGUAACGUUCAAUAAAUAACAUAAAUAUAUAUAUAUUUUUUUUUUUUAUUAGGGGAAGUGUUGCGGAUGCUGGAACAGGAGGGAUUGUCUUUAUCAGAUGUGCUGCCAUCUCCUCUCGAUACAUUGUAAGAUUUAUUCAUUUUAUCUAUUCCAAACGUAAUUUUUUUUUAUGUAUGUAUGUGUGUAUGUAUAUAUAUAUAUAUAUACACACACACACACUCGGGUCCAUAAAUAUUGGGACAUCGACACAAUUCUAAUCUUUUUGGCUCUAUACACCACCACAAUGGAUUUUAAAUGAAAUGAACAAGAUGUGCUUUAACUGCAGACUUUCAGCUUUAAUUUGAGGGUAUUUACAUCCAAAUCAGGUGAGCGGUGUAGGAAUUACAACAGUUUGUAUAUGUGCCUCCCACUUUUCAAGGGACCAAAAGUAAUGGGACAAUUGGCUGCUCAGCUGUUCCUUGGCCAGGUGUGUGUUAUUCCCUCAUUAUCCCAUUUACAAGGAGCAGAUAAAAUGUCCAGAGUUCAUUUCAAGUGUGCUAUUUGCAUUUGGAAUCUAUUGCUGUCAACUCUCAAUAUGAGAUCCAAAGAGCUGUCACUAUCAGUGAAGCAAGCCAUCAUUAGGGUGAAAAAAGAAAACAAACCCAUCAGAGAGCUAGCAAAAACAUUAGGUGUGGCCAAAUCAACUGUUUGGAACAUCCUUAAAAAGAAAGAAUGCACCGGUGAGUUCAGCAACACAAAAAGACCCGGAAGACCAUGGAAAACAACUGUGGUGGAUGACCAAAUAAUUCUUUCCCUGGUGAAGAAAACACCCUUCACGACAGUUGGCCAGAUCAAGAACACUCUCCAGGAGGUAGGUGUAUGUGUGCCAAAGUCAACAAGAAAAGACUUCACCAGAGUGAAUACAGAGGGUUCACCACAAGAUGUAAACCAUUGGUGAGCCUCAAAAGCAGGAAGGCCAGAUUAGAGUUUGCCAAACAACAUCUAAAAAAAAGCCUUCACAGUUCUGGAACAACAUCCUACGGACAGAUGAGACCAAGAUCAACUUGGAGAGGGAAAGGAACUGCUCAUGAUCCAAUGUAUACCACCUCAUCUGUGAAGCAUGGUGGUGGUAGUGUCAUGGCAUGGGCAUGUAUGGCUGCCAAUGGAACUGGUUCUCUUGUAUUUAUUGAUGAUGUGACUGCUGACAAAAGCAGCAGGAUGAAUUCUGAAGUGUUUCAGUCAAUAUCUGCUCAUAUUCAGUCAAAUGUUUCAGAACUCAUUGGACGGCGCUUCACAGUGGAGAUGGACAAUGACCCGAAGCAUACUGCAAAAGCAACCAAAGAGUUUUUUUAAGGGAAAGAAGUGGAAUAUUAUGCAAUGGCCAAGUCAAUCACCUGACUUGAAUCCGAUUGAGCAUGCAUUUCACUUGAUGAAGACAAAACUGAAGGGAAAAUGCCCCAAGAACAAGCAGGAACUGAAGACAGCUGCAGUAGAGGCCUGGCAGAGCAUCACCAGGGAUGAAACACAGCGUCUGGUGAUGUUUAUGCGUUCCAGACUUCAGGCUGUAAUUGACUGCAAAGGAUUUGCAACCAUGUAUUAAAAAGUGAAAGUGUGAUUUAUGACUGUUAAUCUGUCCCAUUACUUUUGGUCCCUUAAAGAGUGGGAGGCACAUGUACAAACUGUUGUAAUUCCUACACCGUUCACCAGAUUUGGAUAUAAAUACCCUCAAAUAAAGCUGAAAGUCUGCAGUUAAAGCACAUCUUGUUCAUUUCAUUUCAAAUCCAGUGUGGUGGUGUGUAGAGCCAAAAAGAUUAGAAUUGUGUCGAUGUCCCAAUAUUUAUGGACCUGACUAUAUAGUUAUGGGCUAACAGAGAAUUGUUGGGAAUUGACCAGGAAAUACAAAUUGUAGACCAAAUCAACGAGGAUAAAAACAUUGCUGAAUUAGAGAAUUUGUGCAAAUUUUGGCUAUUUUACCAAUAAAUAAAAAAAUAGAGAGAGCAAAAGUGCUAGUGAAAAAUAGCAACUGUUUGCAACCCAAAUUUGAUGAUAAUCUUGUCUCAAGGGAAUAUCUGUAGGGGACAGAAAAAGACAGAGAUGGAAGAGUGCCAAAUUGGAGUUAAGGAAGACUAAUGGACCAUAUAAAAGGAGGCAAAGCUCUGAAAGUUCCUUAUAGUCUCUUGAAGAAGACGGUACUUGCAAAAACAUGUUUGCACCUUGUCAGGGAGCCUGGCUUAUCACAUUCUAACAUAUUAUUCAUUUGUACCUUACCCUGUAUUUUGGCUUGCACUUAUAGCCUUUUUUUUUUUUUUACUUUUAAUAAAUUGGUUGCUGUGUAUACUGGUGGAUAUCCUGUAUUCUACACUGAAAGACCACAUUGGCCCAAGAAGGGAGGACCAGAAAACGCUAUAUGCAGAGCCUGGUCACGCUCUAUUACGUGUGCGUGAACCAAUCUAGCAUUCCCUGUGACCUUUUAUUAUUUACUGUGUUACGCUUUGAGGGCUUGGCUUUUCUGUUCUCUACUGAUCCUCUGUUUCAGACAUUCCUUUGAAACUAGGUAGCCUCAAAUUUGGCUAGUUUAUAUUUACUAUUUUUCACUGGCACGUUUGUGCACUCUUUGUUUAUUGGUGACCGUGUGGGAGGAGGAGUUUUGUGUGCUUUUUUUUUUCUUCAUUUAUGUCUUUUGCUGCAUAUAAAAGCAUCAUUCACAUUGUUUUACUUAGUUUUUUGUUUUUUUUUUAGGUAUUUUAGUCCACGUUUUGCAAUUCCCCAUUUGUAUUCCUGAAACAUUAUAGAGUUCAGUUUCAUAUAAUUCUAUAGGAGUUUGUGAAAUAAAGCUCAGAGUUGGUAUGGAGUAUCAGACAUGGUGUGAGGGUUGUUUCUAAAUGUUUUUGUGGAUAUUGUAACUGUGUAAAAAAAUUAAGAAAAUUAUAAAAAAAAAUCAGUGUGUGUUGGGAAACCAGCAUUGUUUUUUCUUGAAGCAUUUCUUUUAGAAAUUAGCCAAUUUUGAGCAAAUUAAAAAAUUUAUGUUUGCAAAUGCUAGAUCAACACUAUACGUGUAAAGACUAAUUCUGGGAUAAAGUUCUUAGAAGUGAGUAAUUACCAUAGAAGCCAAUGGAUUAUUCAUGUGGCAGGAUGGGGUAAUGACACGCUUCCUGUAAACAGACCUAACGGAACCAAACUUAGAAGCUUUAAACCCUCACAUGUAUGGGGUAAGAUCUAAAUCGCUCAAUGUCAUUUUUUUUACAAAUGACUUAAAGCUCAAUUUUCUUUCUUCAGCACGUACACUAUCGUUUCCUCUUUAAUUAGUUUGUUUCAUUAUAUUGUAAGCAACCAGUGCACAAUGUCUUGUCUUAGUGACAAGUAUAGACAUCUCUUGUUUUUCGAAGUGCAUGUAAGCUGAACUACAUGUUGAAAGAACAGGCGCACUCCGAGCUCCAAGAUAUGUACUUAUUGGUUAAUGCACUAAUCAGUGAGAUGACAACCAACAUAGUAAAUUUUAAAUAAAUUUAAGGAAAUUAAGGAAAAAAUAAUUAUUUUUUAAGAUUUUUUUUUUUUUCUUAUUAAUUUCAGUCUUCUGCAAACUGCGCUUAAUUAUUUAAUGACAAAGGCCCUGUUAUUGCUAGACUAGAACUUUGCCUAACCGCUUCAUUUAAAGGGAAACGAUUAAAUAAAAAAUGUUCUAUUUUUAUUAAAAUGGACACUAUAGGCACUCAUACUAGUUAAUAUCAUACGCAUUUGUAAUCCUAACACUAUAGUGUUCUUUUAAUAAGCUAUCUGAUAUCUUUGUGACUUCCCAGUCCCCCGUUUGAGUUUUUAAAAUUAAGGCUAAAUAACCUUUUACUUAUAUUUUUCAAGUACUGAAACUCAGCCCAUGCAACCGCCUCCUCAGUCUCUCGUUUCCUUCUCUCUCCUCUUCGUCUUCUCCAAUUAAAUUCUUCUCAUAGAGAAGCAUUGUCGACGAGUAGAGCUUGCACACCAAGUGCCAUUCUCUUCCAGUCAAAUGCUUCUCAAAAAUAAGCAUUUAAUUCUGUUUUUUUAUGAGAAGCAUUGAAUUUCCAGCGUCCUCAUGCAAUGUGUGAGGACAUUGAACGUCAAGAACAAAGCAUGACUUUGAUACCCUCAUUUAGAUUUGACCGUCCCCUUUCCCACAGCAGAAAUCACGCAGAGAAUUUAAGAUUGGUAAACUUUUUGAAACACUAUCCCCAUUUUUAAAAACAAAAAAUUUUUUAGCAAACGAUUAGGGAUCCUGGAAUUUGAAUCAUAUUGGAAAUAUUUACUAUGUCCCUGUGAAAACAAAUUGUGGGGAGUUCUGUGUUUCUUUAUGCACAUGUUCUUGUUUCUGUAAAUAAUAUAUGCAAAACCUAAUUAAAGAAAUAAAAAUGGACAGAGUCUGACUCUCACAGUGGAAGCAGCAGGUACUAGAGUUGUCUUUAGCCUUGCAAAGUAAACUUCAAUGUUUUACACUGUGGAAAGCAAAAUACCAGAGGCACUGCAGCCAGACCACUUUAUUGAACUAAAGUGUUCUGGGUACCUGUAGUGUCCCUUAAUUGCAGUUAUUUUAUCUUACACUAACUAGCCAUGAGGAAGAACGGUUGACGGUGCGUUGUUUUGUAUCUGCACAGGUUCAGCAGUGUGACAGAAGACGAACCACUAGGACACCAAGGUGGAGGAUCAGGUGGAUACUUGGAGCAUAUUUUUAAGCAUGCUGCACAAGAGCUUUUUGGCAUCCAAGUGGAUCAUAUUAUGUACAAGCCUUUAAAGUAAGAAGACUUCUUCCGUUUUGUUUAAUUGCAACUUUUAGUGUCCAGCAAGGAUUUAGCCAAUUAUAAUUAUUUGUUUGGAGCUGAUGAAUACUGUAGCCAUUGCUGCCGCCCAGGAGCAGUGGGAGUUUGAGCGCAAGGCUUAGAUUUGUGUUUGUAAUUAUAAAAUUAUGAAUAUGUACUAUUUCAUUUAAGGUCACGUAUGCAGCUUAAAACUAUUGAAAUAUUAAUCAGUUAUUUUUUUUAAUUAUUAUUUUAGAUUUGCUUAAAGGGUUUCUCCAACCCUUUUUUCAGUUUUAUCAGAAUACUGACCAAACAAAAAGUUCAAAGUGUGUUAAAAAAAACUAGGUUUUUACUUCCUUAAAUUCUGCAGCGGGCGAAGAUUCCAGAGCUGCUCAGGGUCACGUUGACAUCCAAUCAAAGUCUUCUCCAUAUGACUUCAAAUACACAGUGAUGCUCAGUAAUCAAAUGCAGAAACAUUUUUUCCCUAUCACCCAAUUACAUGUUUUACAGAGCCUGUUUUUCUUUAAUCUGGAUAUAACUUUUUGUUUAGGAAUAAAGAUUUCCAAGAAGUGACGUUGGAGAAGGACGGCCAAGUGGUUUUACAGUUUGCAUUAGCUUAUGGCUUCCGAAACAUUCAGAACCUUGUCCAGAAGCUGAAAAGAGGACGGUGUACCUACCACUAUGUGGAGGUUAUGGCUUGUCCCUCAGGUAUUUUCCAGUUCUCAGAAUCAUACAUUUGUUAAAUAUAGGCGAUACGUCAACAAAUUAAAAAUACUGGGAAGUGAUUGGAUAAAAUAGUGAUUGUGCUUUGUUCGUUGAGAGUCCUAAAGGAAUAUUUUUGUCCUUUUCAGGUUGUUUGAAUGGUGGUGGUCAGAUCAAAGCAGGAGGAGAAGCCAGUAAGGACUUGCUGCAGAGAGUGGAGCAGUUGUAUGAGUCUGUAAGAACUGAACAUCCAGAGAAUAGCAGUCAAGUACAGCAACUUUAUGAACAAUGGCUGGGGGGCAACAAGUCUACCAGGGCAGAGCAGGCUCUCCACACUCAGUACCAUGCUGUUGAGAAGAUAAACACAGGGCUGAACUUAAAGUGGUGAAUGAGAGACACCAUGGACUCUAAUCUUGCUCGCACCGAGUGGCUUUUCCCCCCAAUCGAUAAUACCAGAGAUUUAUCAAAAGAGUGAAAGGUGUCCAGAUGACCAGCAAUAUGGGUUUAGAAUAUCUGUGACCUACCAGAGAGAAACAAAACCAAUCUCCAGCAAAUAAGGAUGCUUGUAUCUCUUCUGCACUAUUUCAUAUCAUAAUAUUUAUACGUUGGUCUCUUUUUUUUCUGUUCCUUGAAUCAGUAAGGUUCCUGAUUGGAGAACACCAAAGUGGGAUUUUCAUUUACUAUUUUGGAAUCAGUUAUACGGUGUGAUCUAUUUUUAAAUGAUUCAGCAAUACCAUAAAUCAUCUGUGUAUUAAAAAUCUGUUACUCCAUUUGAAUUAUACUUUCCAUUAUUUGUUUGUUCAGAGUGUCAGAGGGGUACAAAACACAUUGUGACCAACAGGUCUGCCGUAGCGAUGGUCACUGUG